UGUAUGCAGCUGUACUGUACUGUAGGGCCGGCGGACAGCAUAGAGGCCUGACAAAUGACUGUAAAUUCUUAAAAUUUGUCAAAAAUGAGGACAAUAAUUCAACGAGUCACCAAAGCUAGUGUCACUGUUGGUGAUGAAUUGAUAAGUAGCAUCGGAAGAGGGCUUUGUAUUCUUGUUGGAAUAUCAAAAGAUGACACUCCUAAAGAAAGAGAAUACAUAGUCAGGAAGAUUUUAAACCUGAGAUUGUUUGAUGAUGAAAAUGACAAAAGAUGGGCAAAGAGUGUCAGAGACAAACAACUGGAAAUCCUGUGUGUGAGUCAGUUUACACUAUACUCUAUACUGAAGGGUAAUAAACCAGAUUUUCAUCAGGCAAUGCCAGGUGAUCAGUCACAAAUAUACUACAAUGAAUUUCUUGAUAUGUUGAGAGAGGAUUAUCACCCUGAUAAGAUUAAAGAUGGUCAAUUUGGAGCACACAUGCAAGUUCAUAUACAGAACGAUGGACCUGUCACCAUACAGCUAGACUCACCACCAGACUCUGGCAUGAGCGCGGGCCUGGAGUCUGCAGGCAAUGCCGAUCUUCUAAGGCACUCCAGACAGGAUUUGGUUAACCUCAAGCGAAAGUAUACGGAAUUGCCAGCCAACGCCGCAGAGUUUGCACCAUCGCACUCUGAAAAUGUUCAGUUGGAGAAUUCAGAUGGAUAUCUUGCCUGUUGUGUAUGCAGCAGUGGCCUCUCUCACGUGGAUGGACGACAUUUGACAGGUACCCUGUGCAGGGGCUGUGGCCGUGGGCUCCAUCAAAAAUGUGCUUUGCUUCAUCAGUGUGAGCUCAGUGCUGAUACACAUGGAAUCACUAACAACAUCAAGAAUAAUGAUGUAAACAACAUCAUGAUACAUUCUCCUGCUAGAGUGUGCAUUGAAUGUCAUCAAGGUGGUGGUCAGAUGUCUAUGUGUGUUGGAUGUGACCAUAAUCUCCAUGAGAUUUGUCGGGCCGACCAUGACUGCGCUGGCCUUACUCAACCCAAACACCCCACACUCAGUCAGCUUUUACACAAGAAGUAUUCCAAAUAUGGACACCGCCCAAAGCCGCCGCAGGCACUGCUGCCCAAGAAAUCAUUCCGAUUGGAGAGAUACAAAUUGCAGAAGGAUUGCUGUGUGUGUUCUAAUAGAGGUGCUGGCGGUGAUCGUGUCAGGCGUAGAUCACAAACAGUGUGUUACUACUGUAAAAGAGGGUUGCAUUGGCAGUGCAGAUUUAAUCACAAUUGCGAGCUUAUGUCAAUAGAGCCAGUUCAGUCCACUACUGGGGGUAGUAAUGUGGUGCUUUUGACAGGGGGUAGCAGAAAAAGAAGAGAUUGUGUUGUCUGCUCAGUACGAAGAUUGGGUCAGCGACACAGGUCCAGGACUAUAUGCAAGUUUUGCAAAAAAGGCCUUCAUCGAAAAUGUGAGCAUAGACACUUGUGUCCCUGGAUGAAAACAGGAGAAGAAGUCCCGGAAAAGGAACCCCGCACCCUUGAAGGCAGCCAAGAAAAGAGGAGAAAGACAGAUUCUGAUUCUGAAAACACAUUAGAUCACAGAAGCAAUCAAGUGCUUAUAUCAAAUGCGACACCUAUGUAUAGUCGUAACAAGACCACCUCCAAUGCAACUCAUCAACUCAAUGCUCCAACACAGCUCAACUCUCACAUGCAACUCAAUUUUCAUAUUCAACUCAAUCCUCACACACAACUCAACCCUCACACACAAGUCAAUCCUCACACACAACUCAAUUCUCCUACGCAACUCAACUCUCAUACACAACUCAACUCUCAUACACAACUCAAUUCUCAUUCACAGCUCAGUUCUCAUGCACAUCAUACUCAACUUGGCUCUCAUACACAGCUCAACUCUCACACACAGCUCAACUCUCACACACAGCUCAACUCUCACACACAACUCAACUCUCACACACAACUCAAUUCGCACAUACAACUCCAAACUCAAGAAGGUUUGCUGUCACGAUUGCAGCUGAGGCCACACAAGACUAAAAAACAGACUCACCAGAAUAUUCCUCCUGAGACAUCUAUCACCAGAGUGAAAGUAGAAAACAUUGAAUCUGAUUUAGAUGAAACCAACAUUCCUGAAUUUGACUCAACUCAUGGAUGUAUCUCACAAGAGGAAGAUGUGGUAAGAAAGGAGGGAAUUGUUGAGAGAGAGGUAUUGCCCCCUCUUGUGAAGAUUCCAGGAAAUGGCAUUAGAGAUGGAAGAAAGGACUGCAUUGUGUGCUCUAGUCGUGCCAGUUUUGGAAGACGCAAAAGGGCGUACACUAUGUGUAAUCUGUGCAAAAGAGGUUUACAUCAGAGAUGUCAACAGUACCAUACCUGUGGUCUUGGCAAACGACAUCAAAAGCAUGAUGUUCCGACCAAGAGAUCUCCUGUGAAGAAGACACCGGUGUAUACAUGGAUUAACAAGCCUGAUGGUGUGGCAGAAGAAGCCAGCCUACCGAAUGAAAGCUAUUCACAAGAACCUAAUCAAGAAGGAACACCAAUGCUGGUGAAGUGUGUACCACAAACAUUGAUAGACUGCAAGGAGUGUGCCUACCAUGACGGAAACAAGAAGUUUACCCAUCUCAUGUGCAACAUCUGUAAAGAAGGUGUCCACAAGAAGUGCUUAUAUCGCCACAAGUGCCACAGAGAUAAGGAGAACACAGAUUCCCAGGAUUCUAGCAUGAACACAGGAACCUUUGUUGGAGAGAGACCAUCGGUGAUUAGGAUAGAGAGCCACGAGGUCAAAGAUGGGAGGAAGUCUUGCGAUGUAUGUUCUGGAAAGAUUCGGGAUGGGAAGAGACACAGAUCAAGAACUCAGUGUGCAGUUUGCAGAAGAGGUUUACACUUCCGAUGCCUUUCCCAACAUAUCUGUCCUGGAAUGAGCAUUAUACCUGAUGCAAUAUAUGGUAACUUACCCAACGGCCCUAUGUUAAUGAGUAUUCCAAAUAACAGUGAGGUAGAUGAUGUGAUAGAGACAGGAUUACAUGAACCUCAUCACCAGCAUCUUUCGACACCUUCCACAUCGAAUCUAAGCUUUACUGAUGGUAAUUCUCCAAUUGAGAAAGAAGAGAGGAAUAAGGAUUCUAAACUCCUUAAAACAGGCCAAGACAAAUUCUGUUCGGUAUGCCCUUCUGGCCAGAAAACCAGGAUGGCUUGCCGUGUAUGUAAAGAAAGUGUUCAUCCUAGGUGUGAAUGGCGGCACUUCUGCAAGGUCAAGGAGGCUUUGAAAAGCAGCACACCGGUAACAAGAGGUGGACGUUUCACUGGAGAGGUGGUUAAAAUCCUGAAGAGUGAUGUGAAGACAAAAAAGAAAGACUGUGCAGUGUGUUCCAAUCGGAAAGCUGGGAGGCGCAGUCGAUCCAGUACAAUGUGUCCUCAUUGUAAGAGAGGGUUGCAUAGGAUCUGUGCUCCUUCACACAUGUGUCCAAUGCUCCCCCCUCCUCAAGAGCUUCCUGAGAUGGACACUUCAAGUGAUCAAGGCCCAUUCGAAAAAAAUGAAGAAGAAAUAGAAGAAGAGGUUGACGAUGAUGAUGAUGACAUGGGAUAUGUAGAGAUCAGUGAUGGUAUAACCCGUUACUGUUGUGUCUGUUCUACAUCAAGAAAGUCACGGAUCACCCGUACAGCAUGUUCAUCAUGCGAUCGCGGCCUCCAUCCGCAGUGUGUUCUGCUGCACAAUUGUCACAGUAUGGUCCCAAGGAGAAUGCAAGCUGUAGCAUUCCAGAAACCUGUGUGUGAGGAGAGUGUCAUGCAAGAUGUAGAGAUAGUGCGCUCCACCACUUCUCUUAUGGAAGAAGUCGAGGCUUCCGACCAUCCAAACGAUGGUCUUCUUGUAGUGACAGGCGGUGAAUAUGUAGAUCAAACAAGUGAAGUUCCUCAAACAUCUGAAGGAUUUGACACAGGCAUGACAUCUGUAAAGUUACUUGAUGAAAGAAGGGACAUGUCUGGUGAGAUUAAAAAAUACCUGCUAAUUACAGAGGACAGUUCAGACGAAAUCUCUGAGGAUGGAGAGGCGACAUUGGUUGAGAAUCCUGAUGUAGGGGAUACAGAGGAGAUGGUGCAUGAAGUGACUGAGAGCAAAGACCAGAUAGAUGGUUUAAACAAAGAGUCUGCAGAAGGUGAAAAUUCUCAGCAGCAGCAACAUUCUGAGGCAACGGACAACAUGGAACCACCUUCAGAAUGUUCAGAUUCACCAUACCCUGAUAUCCAGAGUGGCAGUUCUGAUACACAUCCCAUUGACAGGGGAGAUGAGCCAAUGGAUAGGAAUCAAGAUCUCCAUGAUGGCGAUACCCCACAAUCCGGAGAUGUUGUGCAUCCAGCCCUUGCACAUACAGGACUGAUUUUAGAAUGUAGUGAUAGCCAAGAUGAUAUUGAGAUUGGGUGUUUCAGCACCUUACAAGACAACCAGAUGCACACUGGUCAAUCUAACCAAGAACUGGAUGAUAUCGUAGCCCAAAUCAGGGAAGAGUUGCACCAGGUGGUAGGAGUUCCAGAUCAAAUGAUUGACCUUAACCAGUUAGAGGGGGAAGUUCUUGCCAUUCAGCCAGAUUGCAUAUAGAGCUAUCAACAGUAGCAUACACAUUACCUAUUGUAACAUUCUUUUUUUAACUCAAAAGUACAUGAUUCAAUUGAAAACUAAUCCGUGUAACUGAUGGCAAUUUUGAAAAUACAGUUGUGUGCUAUUUAUUAUUGAGAAAGAGGUGUGUACCUCUGACUUGCACCUUGUUUGUCAAAAUCAAUGGAAAUAUCAAGAUCACAGAAAUAUGAGAGCAGGGGCCUGUAACACAAAGCUUAGCAAUGAUCGUAAAACAUUUUUCUACGAUUGAUUAAGUUGACUACAAUGUACAAUCAAUCCUGAAAAUCAAGCGUACAAUUAAUUGCUAAUUUUUGUGUUAACGGGGCCCAGAUAUCAUUAUAUUCAUUACAUGUAUAUCCUGAUUAUGAUUGGUCACAGUGUUAUGUGUUAUGUAAUUGUCAAAAUGUGCAAUUAUUAUGAUUAACCAAUGUGAUCAUGCAUCAAUUUCUAAUAAAUGUAAACCAGCUCUUUGGAAAGGUAUGGUGUAAGAUUUAUAGAAAAUGAUAUUGUGAUUCGGGCUUUGAUGAUUAUGUGCCAUUGCCCUUGCCAUUCCAUAUUAAGAACUUCUUUAAUGAUUUUUUUGUCUCAACUGCAUAGCAAUGUGAGACUAUAGGCGCCGCUUUUCCGACGGCGGCGGC